AGCACCAAAACCUCUCUUUUUUCCCCCAUUUGGUUCGUUCUCCUUUGUGUGUGUGUGCCCUAGAAAAAACUAAUGACUGACGUUCAGAUGAGAGACGAGGAGGAGAAGAGCGGAGGGUUUGAGAUGAUCCGAAAGAAGUUGGAGGAAUGGGACAUUUUGCCUUACCAGUACCAAAUUUUCAACAAGGAAGAGUCUCCCAACUGGCGCCACCCUUUGUUCACCGAUCGUACCGCUAACGGAAUGCUAGCCUUUUUCUACGAGCAAUGCAACUACUAUCAAAGCUUCAAGUUCUCACUUGAGCCCAUGAUAGUUGAUGAGGUGAAGCUUUGCAGCUACUCUGAGUUGCAAGACAUUACUGAUUUCAAGGCUGAGAGCUUGAUUCAGAAGACUCUUUCAGGAAGAUUGUUUCGUGGCACCAUUGGUGAAGGAUCUGAAAAACGACCGGCGAUUGUAAAGACAUGGGAUUUUCUCCUUCCUUGGGGGGAUGAGCAUGCCCAACGCCUACAUAAAUUUUGUGACGAGAUCGAGUUAUUCACAGAUGAAAGAGCAAAUACGCAUCCAAAUUUGUUGAAGUUGUAUAGGUACUGUUAUGAGAUGAGGCUUGCAGCUGUCUAUGAUGAAAAAUUCACGAGAGUCUUGUCUGAUGUGCUUCUGGCUGAUGACUUUGGAUGGGAUGACCGGAUAAAAGUGGCAACUCAACUUGCCGAUCUCUUGGCAUGGUUGCAUGAAAAGAUAGUUGCUGUUGGCAGUGUUAUUGCUUCAUGCAUUAUGAUAGAUGAGGAAGUAAAUAUAAAAGUAUUCGACUUUGGUCACUUUUCAAAUCAUGUGAGCGACGAUUGUAAAAUUCCUGUUAAAUAUCUUGUCGGCAGGGAAGCUCCAGAGGUUUGGGCAGGCAUGUUCUCUCAUACUUCAUCAUCUCUGAUGUGUUCAUGCCCUAGAUUAAAGAUUUUCUUUUGCACAACCAGCUACUUAGUAGCUCUUUUGUGGUUGAUGAGGUCGCCACUUUAUCACAAAAAUGUACAGGAAAAUAUUCCAAAUCUUUCCAGUAACUGCAAUGCAAAAAUUGUACAAGAAAAAAUUCCAAAUCUCUCGUACAAGUUGGUAUUGUUUGUAGUUUCUUAUCUAGGUAAGCGGACGAUGAAAUCUGAUGUUUAUAUAUUUGGUCUUCUACUUCUGGAGCUGAUAAGCAAAAAGAAGUUCAAUUUUCGCAAGAAUCCUGUGAGUGUGAGAAAUUCAGUUGUAAAGGAGGCUAAACUUUGUGAAAAAUAUUUGGUUCAUGAAUGUUUCAAAGAAGUUGAUCAUCCAACUGCACUUGAUAUUGUUGAGGUUUUAUUUUAA